UCUGUGUAGUUCAGCGACACACAGAGAGAGACUACAAAACUACAGUUCCCAGAAUUCUUUGCGUUUCCGGUUCCUUGAUUGCAAGAUGUCGGGGCUCAGCAAAGUUGGCGCGUAUCUGAAGAACGCAUGGGCAAAGGAGCCUGUGAUCGUGGUCUCCUGUGCCCUUGGUUUUGUAGCUGUAAUACUACCCUGGGUCAGUCCCUACACUAAAUACACCGCCAUGGCCAUCGAAGCUAUGCCAUAUGCGUAUCCAGUUCCUGUUCGGGAUGAUGGCAACAUGCCAGAUAUUCCCUCCCAUCCCUGCGAUAAGGAAGGCCCAAGCCUCGAUUGGCUGAAGAAUCUCUAAGAAUGACUGGCACAGAAAGCUAUCGCUACCCUUUCUUGUACAUGUAUUUUGAGGAUGUAAUAAACUUGUUAAAUUACAAA